AUGGCUCUAAUUCUGUGGGCAGUGAUUAUUGGAGAGAUGUGCCUUUCUACACUGGUAAGGCAGCAUUUUGAUCACCUCGCAUUGUAUGCAUGGCUUUUGACUGACCCCUUUCAAGCUCUUUCAACAGGAUGCAUCUCAACGGAAGCAGAUGUCUGGCUGUACAACGGUACACUCUAUGUCGGCCAUGACACCUCUUCUCUGACAGAAGAGAGAACCCUGGAAUCAUUGUACAUUAAUCCAAUUCUCGAUGUUCUCAAGCGCCAGAAUCCUCGAUCGCGUUUUGUGACGUCGCCCACCAACAAUGGCGUGUUCGACACUUCGGUCUCCCAAACGCUUUACUUAUUCAUUGAUGUAAAGACCGCUGGACAUGAGACCUUCAAGGCUGUGAUUGACGCGUUGGAACCACUCCGUGAACAUGGUUAUUUGACAACUCUGAAGGAUAACAAGACCAUCACCAACGGCCCCAUUACCGUGAUCGGCACAGGCAACACGCCCUACGACAUGGUUGCCCCUGUCGCAAAUCGGGACUACUUCUUUGAUGCUCACCUCGAGUCCUUGAGCGAGUCUGAGAAUGCCGGCAUCACAAAGCUGAUCUCUCCCAUCGCGUCUACGAGCUUUGCGGAUGCCAUUGGCACAGUUUCGCAGGGUGAUUCUGAAGCGAUAUUGACAGAGAAGCAGCUCAGCACUCUCCGCUCGCAAAUCGCGACCGCAAAGGAAAGGGGCAUUGGAGCCAGAUAUUGGGAGACGCCCAGCUAUCCCAUCAGGACCCGUAAUUCGGUCUGGAGAACCCUUCUUAAGGAGGGUGUUGCACUCCUGAACGCUGAUGACCUCGACGCUGCGGCCAGUUAUUUCUGA